CAACUUCUUUUUUAUGUACCCUCUUUUGUUUUAACCUCUUUCAAGCCAAACACAUUUACAAGAAAGAGAAAGAAAAAAAUGGAAGAUCAAUGUAGCCCUCUUAGCUGGCCUUAUAACUACUACCUAGAAGAGGGGAUAGAGGAAUUGAAGCAUUCAUUGGUGUACACAACAUUGGAAUUGGAGAAUACUGUGAUUUCAGCCCAUGAGGAACUUGCAAGAAAAGAUGAGGAGAUUUUGCAACUUAAGGAUCUAUUGACUAGAGUUAUGAAAGAAAGAGAUGAAGCACAAGGCAAAUAUCAAAGGAUUGGAAUGGAGAAAAUUGUACUACAACAACAAUUGCUCCAACAACAACAAGUACAAGUACAAUUUCAAUUUCAAAAACAUAACCAAAAUAAUGUUGUUAUAGAAAGUACACCUAUUUCUAGUGGCACAACAAUUAGUCAUGAUAAUCAAGAACAUGACCAAAUUUUAAAAGGGGUAGUUGACUCUAACCACAACAACAACAUUUGUGUACUUUCUAAUUCCUCAGAUUGUGAUGAAAACAAUGUUGUUUCACCACCAUUAUUAAUCCAAGAUUUAAUCGAAAAUGUUGUAAUCAAGAAGCCAUUGCCAGAGAAGGGGAAAUUCUUGCAAGCUGUGAUGGAAGCAGGGCCAUUACUUCAAACACUUUUACUAGCAGGACCACUACCUCAAUGGCAACAUCCACCACCACAACUCAACUCAAUCGACAUUCCUCCGGUCACUAUUACCUCCCCUACUCCGCGUUUGCUACAUCAGGACUCUGCCCUGAGUAGUAGCACCGGGGGAAUCUCCCCCGGUGCUAGAACAUGUUUUGGGCAAAAAAGGGAUGUUGUUGGUGCUGGUUUUAACAUUGUUGAAGGCAUUGAUACUACUUCAAAGUAUCAAAAAGUUGUUCACCAAUCAUCAUUGACCAACAUGUAGUGCUUUUCCUUCUUUUCCCACCUCUAUAAUUAGCUCACCUU